AUCAUCAACUUUUUUUCUCUCUUUCUUUUUUUUUGGUUUUGUUUUCGAUCAAGCACAGGAUAGAGAGAGAGAGAGAGAGAGAGAGAAUGGAGGUGAUGUCCUGUUUGGUGGGAGUUUUGCCAUUUGCAGCGAUGGUGAUAGUGGAGUGCCUUGAUGUUGGCUUAACCACACUGAGCAAAGCAGCCAUGUCCAGAGGGAUGAGCCACUUUGUCUUUGUAGCCUACUCAAAUGCCCUUGCCACUCUCAUCCUCCUCCCUUUAUCAUUCAUCAUCCAAAGAAAAAAUAGACCUCCACUCACCUUCUCUCUCCUCUGUAAAUUCUUCCUCCUCAGCCUUAUUGGAAUUACUGUGAUGCAGAAUUGUGUGUUCACUGGUGUAGACUACAGCUCUCCCACCCUUGCUUCUGCCAUGAGCAAUUUGAUACCAGCUUUCACUUUCUUGCUUGCUGUUAUCUUCAGGAUGGAAAAUUUAGAUUUGAGAAGGUCAAGCAGCCAGAUAAAAAUCAUGGGAACUUUGGUUUCAAUCUCAGGAGCAUUGAUUGUAACUCUGUACAAGGGUCCUCCUAUCGCUUCUUUGUCGAUUCAAUCCUCAAAAAACUCUCUCUUGUCACACCCAUCUUUCUCCACCAUGUUAGCAACUCCAAAUAGUUGGAUUGUUGGAGGCCUUUUUCUUGCAAUUGCUAGCUUAUCUGUUUCAAUAUGGAACACUUCUCAGGCAGCAAUUCUAAAAGGGUACCCAUCGGAGAUGACCAUAGUGGCAUUCUACUGCUUGUUUGGGACCAUUCAAUGCACAGUAGUUGCUUUAGUUGCAGAGAAAGGUCACCCAAAUACUUGGAAACUGAAGCCUGACAUUGAGCUCGUUUCUAUCAUGUACUCAGCUGUUUUUGGAGGUGUAGUGACAUUUUGCACACAAACAUGGUGCAUAAAUAAGAAAGGUCCUGUGUUUGUGGCCAUGUUCAAGCCCCUCGGCAUUGCUAUUGCUGCCUUAAUGGGUGUUGUCUUCCUUGGUGACACACUUCAUGUUGGAAGUGUAAUUGGAGCAAUUGUAAUUGUUGUGGGAUUUUAUGGAGUGAUGUGGUCACAAUCCAAAGAAGACAAAAAGAGUAUCCAUUCCGUGGAUGAUAUAGACACCUCUCUCCUGCGAAGUCACUUACAUGCAUAAAACAAUCAACUUUUGUAAUGUGUGAUUUACGGACAACAAUUGAGUGUGUCUCAAAUAUUCGAAGUCCAAAAUUGUCUUGCUGAUGAGUUGAUUAUAAGAAAAUAAAAAUUAAUAAAAUCACAUUUUUAGUAUGAAGAAAAGUUAUUAUUAUUAUUUUAAAGAGGUUCCAAUUAAUCCAAAACUAACCAGCAGCCAAGCCUAAACUCUGACCCUAUAAUCUAUAUUAGUUGUCUGAAUUUAAAUACACAAAUAAGUUGAGGUGAUGAGCUUAGACAUAUGAAAUAAAGAGAAACUAGUUGAAAUUAGUGUUCCACCAAAUUUUACAUGUAUGUGUCUUUUACUCACUCCAAGAAUUCAAUAAAUGAAGGGUCCACUUUAUGAAAUCAAAUGAAACAUUAUGGCACCUCCAUUGAUGAACUAUUGUUUCAAUUUACAAAUUUAUGAUUGGGUCCACGAUUAAAAGUAAAAAAUAAAAUUAUAGCUAUCUCAAAAAAAAAAAAA